AUGAAUAUAACAUUGAUUGUGUUGUGUAAAAGAGAACUGUCAACUAAAGGACCUGGUCCGACCAUAAAAAAUUCCAGUGAAAAUUUAUCAGAUGUAAAACAACCGGCAGUACGUAAGCGUUUCAGUAAGCACCAGAUAUGUUACUCUCGAUUGACACCAUUACAACAGCAGAGAAGGGAGCACAUCAACCAGAUAGAGUACGGUCUCACACAGCACCCUCUGGCACUUUAUCCCCAUCUAGAAGAGAGCGUGAACCCAGAGUUAUUUGAAGACAUUAUGAACAUUUUGGACCCAGAGAUGAACUUAAUCGAUGAUGAAGAAGGAUCAUUAGCUGAGGAAGAAGAGGAUGAAGAGGACAGAGCCAGCGCCGACAGUGAAAAACAACAGAGAGACAUAUCAAGGGAUGAGGACAAUAAAACUGAACAGAGAGAGACGGAAGAAGGCGUUGUACGUAACCCAUACAAAUGGAUCUCAAAGAAAGAAGAACAAGAAAAGAAAAACAAAAAGAAAGCUGGCGAAAAACCAACUGACACCUCACAGGAGGAACAUAUUAAAAAGGUCACAAAAGAGUUUUGUGACUGGGUAGCCAGUCUGGGAGGUCAGAGUAACAAUAUUGAAGAAAGCACUAUAACCAGUCUGUUCGCCAGUGGUUAUGAGACAAAACCAGCGCUGUCUGUACCUAUCCACGUUGUGGAACUGACAAAUGUUCCCCCAGAGUUACGAAUGUCGGCUACAGUUCCACAGCAAUCACAACAAAAUAAAAACUUGCCACAGGAAGAAUUGAAAAAGACCAAUUGGCAAAAAGAUAAAAGUAUAGAGCAAUAUUCUGGCCAGUAUGAACCAAGUUGGGUAAAGUUCAAAUAUGGAGCUUGGUAUCUGGACCCCAAAUCCUGGCAGAAACGGGAUGCUGAUGAGCCCCUAAUGGACCCCAAGGAAUUGAAAGACAAGGAAAUGUCUGAGGCCAAGAAAAUGAGCAAAGGCCUGAAUAAUGAGCUAGCUACAAUGCAUGGUGUAAGUCUGUUCAAAGAAUUUGUGGACAAGAAAAGUAGAAGAAAACCAGAGUUUUUAGAUGAAGUUGAGGAAAUUAAAAAGCGUGCUGAAGAGGAAGAGCAAAGACGGAUAGAGGCGGAGCUCGCAGCAAAGAAAAAACGAAUUCAUAUAAGAAAAUCAACAGACGGCGAUAAAACACCUGGACCGUCAUAAACUUUAUAUUUUGUCUUUCACAUAAUUAUGUUUGAAUCACAAAAAUGUUGUUCAUGUAAUGUUAGAUAUGAUGUAUGUACUGGAAGAUUUUUCAAAAACGUUUUUUUUUUCAGUUUUCAACAACAUUGAAUCCAGCAGAUAUAAUGUAAAUUUGCUUAAAUAUUGGUACUUUUUACAGCAUUUACAUUGCAGACUGAUUCUGGAUAUUUUGUAUAAUGGUUUUAAUAAAUUAUGUAUUUUAUAAAUUGUUCACAUUUCUUAAGAAGAAUUUUAGAAUUUUCUUUGCUAUUUUAUUAGAUUGUUAUAUUUUGUUUGCUUCUAACAUAUUCAAAAAUAUGUGAGUCUUUUGAUAUUAAACUUAAUACAUAUAAAAACAUCACAGAAAAGCAGAUAUGCGUUAUGAUCUUUUAUGGAGAGAGACCUUUAUAGAAUAUAAAUACCGGUAUACAUUGUAAUAUUUUGAGAAGUCAUAUCUAUAGAUUUGAGAGAUCCUAGAUCCUAUCUGUGACUCUCACAGCCUUUAUAAUUAAUGUUUGAUCUUGUUGUGUUAUAGCUCAUCAAAAAUAGGUUUUGAGACACCUGUAUCUGACAAGAAUAAAAGGGGAAAACAAUAUUAAAUUUCAGAAAAGGUUUUGAAGAAAUUUGCAUUUGAAAGUUAGUGUUAACUCUAACAUGCAGUAUCAAUUUAUUUUUAUAAAACUUUAAUGCAGCUGUAAUUUUUGUAUGACAUGAUUUACAGCUUGAGCUCCAUGUGCAUAGAUGAUAAAAGCCAUGCUUCAUGUAGCACAAAAGAAACAACCUGAUUAGAUAGGUUUAUAAUGAAUAUUCAUUUAAAAAUAAUGAACGUCAAAAUAUUUGCUUACACAUUUCUAAAAUGAAACAUUUACCAUGGAAGAGGAUUAAAUAAAAAAAAUUUUGCUAUGUUGUAGAAAUAAAAUGAAUACUUAUUUGUUUACAUGUUGUAUGAAAUUAAUGUAUUUAGGGAGUAAACACAAGUUAGCUGUUACAACCUUUCACUUCCACUAUCCCUUUCACCUCUUCCUGUUGUACUCAACUGUGAGAAAAUAGAUCUGUUCAAAUCAUUCUAAUACAGGGUUUAGCUCACAUUUAUGUAGCUAAAUUUUUUUAAUGUCUUUAAAUGAUAAAAUGGUCUAAUUGAUUUAGGAUGCUGUAAAAUCAUUAAUACUUGUGGGUGACAAAUUUGUUUAUGUUUCAUUGUUACAUUGUUCUUUGAAUGUGAUAUUUGAAUGACUGUUGAUUUCUAUGAAAUUUAAAACCAGCAAACAAAUAAAUUUCCUAUUAAUUUGGUAUCCACAAAUUUUAUGUUACUACAAAUUAGCCAUUUUGGCCAAAUUUUAUUAUCAUGCAAUUUUAAGCCAAAAUGUAUAAUGUUACGGUAUUUUUUAUUAAUUAUUAUUGCUGAUAACAAAUGUAGUUAAAAUAAGAAUGUACCAUGUAUAUGCAACCAAAUGGAAUUUUGUAUACUUUCUUACAUAUGUAUUGAAUUAUGUUAUUGCAUGGCUCCUUAUAUAAAUCACUGGUCCAUUGCUUUUGACAGUCUAUUGUUCAACAUAAAAUUUUGUUGGGCUUAAAUCAAAACUUGAGGGAAAAAGAAAACUUAUUUCUGAUGUCAUGUGAUAAUACACUUACUGAAUGGCUUGCCAGUCAAUAUUCGAAACUGUUGACCUGCAAGGCUUUCAGUAAGUGUAUACUGUCCGAUCCACCUUUCCUGUGACAAGGUUUUUUCUUUGAUUACUCUAUAAAUGUAAAACAAUACUCAGGUCAUAUUAUAUGUCAUUAGGAAGAAUGCAAAGGGUGAUAAUAGAAACUUUUUAAAGUUUCAAAACAUUUUAACUAGUUUUGAUUUUAUCAUCAUAGCCAGUUUGGCCACCAGAAAGUUUAAAAUUUCAGUUUUGACUUGUGGUAUUUGUUAUUGGAUUGUAAUGAAACCUUCAGGAUUACUAAGUAUGCUUAAAGGUAGCGUAGCCAUGUAGAAAUAUGGUAAAAUUUUGAAAGAAAAACACAAAUUUUCAUUUGCUAGAAUUUUAUGCAGGGAAAUAACAAUUUUGGUGAUCAGAUUUACAUUAUGAAAGAUAUUUUCAAAAUUCAAAAUUAUACUACCUUGUCUGGAGACCUCUAGAAUGAUAUAUAUAUAUAUACCUAGUAACUUCUAUCUGGAGCUUGCAAAAUCAUCCUGCAGUUCAUGAAAUAACACAUGUUACAGAUUUAAAGCAGAUCAAACAGUAGUUUUAUCUAAUGUCUGUAUUGUUAGUGGCAUUUCUUUAUGUUGUAUACACAAACUGUGAUAAAAUGUAUGUCUUGAUAUAUAAAAAAGUAUUUCAUUUUGAAAUAAAUAUUUUGUUGUUAAAUAUUAGAA